CUUUAACAGAUUGCCGGCUGACAGCAAUCUAAGAACGAGUGGAGAGCUUGAUGCCAAUAUUGAUGUCCUAACAAAGUGACCAGACAGCUUGACCAUGCCAUCUGACCAAAGCCUGGUCACACUGGACGAUGUCCAAAGAGCCAGAGAGGUGCUAUCCAAUAGCUCUCUGGGUGUGUGCAGGACACCAAUGAUAAAAAACUCAGCCAUGUUUCCGGGUCUAGAGAAUGCUGAAGUGUACCUAAAACUGGAAAACAUGCAGACUACUGGUUCUUUUAAGAUCCGAGGAGUGGCAAGUCAGAUGGCUUUCAUCCCGGACGAAGUUAAACGAGGGGAGAAAAAACUGAUCACAAUGUCUGCUGGAAAUUACGGAAAGGCGUUUGCUUAUGCCCUCAACAAGAUGGGUCUUUCAGGUCUCUGUCUGAUGCCUUUAACAGCACCAUCAAGCCGUGUUCAGCUUAUCAAGAGUUAUGGCUGCCGUACUGAAGCCGUUCUAACUUCUGAACUAGAAGCAAGACUUGCUUUCCACUUACACAAUCACCGCAGCCAUUUUUUCCACUCGUUUGAUGAUUUGGCGUUGAUCGCUGGCUAUGGAAGUGCCUCCCUGGAGGUUCUGGAGGACGGAGUUAAACCUGAUGUUGUGAUUGUAUGUUGUGGGGGAGGAGGGCUGGUAUCUGGGGUGGCUGCCACCCUUAAAUUGUCUGGUCUUUCUGACUGUCGGGUGUAUGCUGUGGAACCAGAGGGGUCUCCUACUAUGUAUGAAAGUUUUAAGAAAGGAGAGGCAGUAACCAUACCAACAGUCAAAUCUGUCGCAGGAGGUCUCUCCCCACCCUUUGCAGGUAAAUUGACUUACCAACACUGUAGGAGGUUUGUGGAGGAUGUUGUCUUGGUAACGGACAAGGAACUAGUGGAUACCAUGGCGAUGUUCUACAAGCGUGGUUUGGUCGUGGAACCCUCCGGAUGUGCAGCUAUGGCAGCCUUGAUUAACGGUCACAUCCCUAACAUAGCUGGAAAAAAGGUGGUGGUUUUUGUGACGGGAGGGAACGUCUCCCCGGAAGAGAUGACAGUUCACCUUAGAUAAAAAAUCAUUAUCUCCAGGAAGCUUGUAAAAAGUUAAGGAUUUAAUAGAAAUUAACUGUUUAACUAAAUUUAACAUACCUUUUGUUUCCUUUAGGUAUUGUCUUUAUACUAAUGGCUAUUCUAUGUUUUCUUUGGCACUUUGAAAAUAAGGUUUAACCCUUUCACCACUGUAGACCAUAAUGGACUCAUCCAUAUCAAUGCAUGGCAGAGUCUACUAACGUGUGAAAGGGUUAAACAUUUAAUAUUUUUGAAAGUGGUCAAUCGAAAAAAUCUUUGACCCUGAUAUAACAGGAUGUUGUGAAUUGGUGGCCAGUCAGUUUGCAAUUGAAAUUUUUAAUGAAUGUUUCUGUAUAUUUAAUAACUGAUGCACUGGCCUCAAUUUAGGUUGAAAAUCAUGUAAAAUUAUAUACAUAAGUAUGUUUCCAAGUGUAACAGUUUGUAUACAAAGUCUACAGUGAGUCUAAUUAAGGGAGGUAAGCGAGGAUGUGCGGAUGUCUUUUUACAUCCGUAGGUGAUGCUAUUUCAUGUGUCUAUAAAAAUCCAGAAUUCUUUUACCAAUCACAUAUCUAUAAAAAUACAGGGGUUUGUUAAUAUUAUACUCAAUUGUUUUAAUUGAAUUUUAAUUUACAAUCUGAUUUUAUGCAAUAUAUAAAUAUUAUGAUCAUGUGAUUUAUUCAUAAAUUGAAAACCAAAUUGAUAGUAUUUGUGUAAACAUUGUUUUUUAGCUGUUGCAUUGUGUGAUAUGUCCUGUUGUUGAUAUUGAAAUUGGUGAUAGAUGUUUAUUACAAAUUUACCAGUGAAAUGUAAACUAUUACAACAAAAAGAUUUUCUAUUGUCAAAAAUUACUCAUUAUUUUUACGCUUAACAUACCAAUCAAAUAGCUUGGUUUAGUGUGAAAAAUAACUAUUGUGGUAUUAUAUAAGCUGUGAUGUUUUCUUAAAGUGACAGCGCAAUUCAGCAUUCCAUGUUUCAGUGGUUUAGCAAAUUCUAUGUCUCAGUGAGUUUAUUAAAAGUGCUUUUAUUAAUUUAAUAAGUGCCAACACAUUAAAUCUUGUGUUAAAAUACAUACCACUGACCCCUGUGCUGUAUUGUGUAAUCAGUAAUAAAAUUGUGUUUUUAGUACGUAUUGUAACAUGCCUUAUACAAAAUAAAUUAUAAUCAUACAAUUGUCACUAAAGAAAUUUUGUUUUAAAAUGUAAAUUAAAUCAUGA